UUGCCGCGAAAUUACAACGCCAUUUCUUAUCAAAAGUUUGCAAAUGCAGAGAAAAGUCACGUGACAGAGGUAUGAGCAAGGCCAGGCCUGAGAGUACGAGUUCAGAGGAGAAUGAAAUGAGUGACUUUAGCAAGUAUAAGCCAGAUGGAACAGAAAACUAUACUCCAGUUUUGAAUAAAUCAUCUUCUAGUUCAUUUUUGAAUUCUGUAGACUCUGUGGAAAUGAAUGGUGAAAGUGAGGUUAUAGAUGAAAUCAAGCAGCUACAGAGUGAUAUGCUGACUAAACUGGAGAGUUUAGACAGACACUUCUUUUCUCCUCCUUCCAAUCUAAGUGGUGGUACCUCUCAAAUGAAUGAAACUGUGUCUGAUAGUAAUCCUCAUUGUAAGCAAAGGAUGUCUUUAAAAGAGUUAUCACAUGAAAACUUUCUAAACAUUUCUGAUGAGAUUGAUGAAAGCUUCUCAGACUUGGAAGAUGGAAAGCCAACCGAAAGUGUGAAAAGUCAGGAAAGUCAAGUGUACAACUAUAUUCUUGAUUUAGAAUCAUCUAAAGCAAGUAUUGAAGUAAGAGACAUGGAUAAUGAUGAUGUAGAACUGUUUGAUGAGAAUCAAGAUACGGAAAGUUACUCUUUGUCCACAAGCUUUGGUUCUGAAGAUGAAUUGAGGGAUUUAACUGAUGAUAUUUCAGUAGACAGUGAUGAUUUUUUUAACAGAAUUGUUGAAGCUUGUGGUUCAAAACAAGCACUGAGUGAGGAAAGUAAGAAAGUAGAGCAGGGAUCUAAAAUGAUAAAAAAUGCUGCGCAGACAGACCAAAGUAGAACAGGUAUGGAUGCUAAGUUAUCAGUGAAACAACCAGAUAUGAUGAAAAGUGGAACAGCUGACAGCACAGUGAAUGAUGCAGACCUGAAUAAUAACUUAGUUGAAUGCAUUGGAAACCAUCAUAAACAGCCUGUUUCUGCGAAUGAUGUGAAGUAUGGAGUGUCUGCUGGUAUUGAUAUCAGUUGUUCUCAACCCAUUAGAAAUGAAACUGGAGUUAAAAGUUGUGCAAGUAAUGACUCCCGUCAUGAUUCUGCAACCCCAGACAGUCUGAGGAUUUCACCGGAACUUUUUCAGCCUGCCAGUUUCAGCCCGUCAGUUGUGUAUGGAAAAGACCAUGUUGUCGGCUAUCAGCAGUAUAAUCCAAGAUUGUCUCCAGUUGAUAACUCACGGUCCACUCUUAAUACUCCUGACCCAGUUUUCUUUGAAGAUGCUGAUUCAAAUGAUCCAAACUGGUUUGCUAGGUUAAGUCAAGAAAUCAUUGAAGAUCCUAUUUCAACAGACACAGCAUUUGAUGCCAACCUAGGCUCUUGCUCAAUGACUAGUGAGAAGCGGUAUGGCCAGCCUCCACCAAACAGGCUGCCCUUUCCCACUGUCCCGCCAACAUCUGCCAUUGAAAGUUUUAUGAACCAAGGCAGAGCACCUGACAUAUCUACAUGGAAUGCUGUAAGUAAUAGCCUACAAACUGGUAUCACAGAUUUUACAAAGAAACCAACAUGUACAGUACCUCCAUCAGUGAACUCCUUCAAGGGCAGCUCGUUAAGUAGUGCUUUUAACAGGGGAAGUGACCGCAUGGACACUGCUAUUGCCAGCAACCCUUUUGAUGAUGACUUCAGAAACAACAAUACCUCUUUCAUGCCCCAACAGACGUUUCACCAAGGUUUACAAUACAUCCAUACACGGCCCCAGCCAGGCAUGCCCACCAUUUGGACAAGGCAACAGGUUCCCACACAUCAACAUACUUGCCAUUUAGGUAAAAACCAGUCCACCAGUCUACCUCACUUCCUGUCACAGUCUGUUCAGCCACCAGUCUACCGGCCGUCGGCCACAUACAGUCUCAACUUCUCCAGUCCUGUUAGCAUCGGCAACCAUUACCCUGUGAACUUUGUUUCUCACCCAUCCUACAUAUCAGGUAAUGUUGCUAGGCCUAUUCCUGUCCAUGCCAGUAAUGUGGUGCCUCUCGCCAACUAUUUCCAACCCAUGAACCACGUCACUGCACCAGCUCCUAUGUCACAUUUGCCUGGCCAAUCACAACUUAACUACAAUGGUAACUCUGGCAUGUGGUCAAGAACAGCUACACAAAUGUCACCACAAUUAACUGCAACUAGACUAGCGGCAGAUAAUAUAGUAAGAACUUCUGAUGUGAAUACAAACUUUCAAACGAAUGCCAAUGUUGAAAGUAGAAAUUCGGCAGUAACCUGCACAGCAGCGACGUUAGUUGCAGAAACCAACACCACUAGUGAAGGUAUAAAACAUAGCGAGAUGGUCAACAAUACUUUUGAUGACAUUUCAACAGAUGAUACUUCUGAAGUUAGAGACAUGUCCAUUGAUGAAUCAAUUGAAAACAGACAGGAUGUCAAUGAAACAGAUAAGAAAAAUGACUUAAAUGAAACUGCUGGUACAGAGAAUGAUCCAGGACUCCUAGACGUGAAUAAUAAUAGACCAUUUGACUCAGUCAGUGAAAUGAAAACAGUGCCUGUUUCUGUUAGUACAUUUAAUCAGAGUGGUGUUUUGAAAACAGACUUCAGUAAACCAGAAGUGAAUUUAAACAAUCCAACAUUUGGCAGUAGUAUUCCAAACACAAGUUAUGUGUCCGUUCAACCAAAUGUUGGAUUAAGUGUUGAAAAUCUUAAAAGUGUUAACAAAGUAUCUUGUCAAGGAAUGCCAUUUUCCACAGGCAUGCAGAAAGUGCUUGUUAACAUGUCUCCCAUCGGAAGCCUGCCAGCUCAAGUUCCAGCUCACCUAAAAAUUCCUAAACAGCAGUUUUCAGAGCUGUAUGUGAAAAGAGGAUCAUAUGACAUCAGUGGUGACAUUGCUCUAGACCUGUGCAAGAAGAAACAGAAAACCGGCACAGCUGUCAAUAAGCCAGUAACAGCCAGUGGUGCUUCAAGGUUUCAGAAUAUCAGACCAAUAGCUGAACCAGCAAUACCUGUUUCAGCUUUACUCAACAACUUAAAAAUUCCAGCUUUUUCAUAUGAUGGUGGGAUGUUGGUGCCUUAUAUGAACUCCAUCUUCACUGCAAUGGCAGACUUCAAGAGAAAGCAGGAUAUCAUUACCGGUACCACCAGUGCUUUUGGGAAUGUGACUGGUAUACAUGUCUCACAGCCUCAAACUGGUAUGCCCACUACUGUCCAUACAGCCAAUGUUGGUUUAAACCAGUCUGGUAUAAACACCUUGGGUGGGACAUCAGUUUUAUCGUGUGGAAUACAGAAUGCAGGCCAGAUACUAAACACGAAUCUUCAAAUGGAGAUGAAUCAAUUCCUAAACCAACUGAAUCAAAGCAGGAACAUUCCAUUCAACUUAAUUGCCCAGGCUGUCCCUGGUUGGACUGGGGAAAAUCUGACCCCUAAUACAACAGAUGGAUCAACAUGUACAGUUGACAGUAAGCCCAUGAUGAGUCCUAAAGAACCAGCUGUCAGUGGGACUCCACUACUUGGCAUGGAUGCUCAGAUCCCAGUUAUGAUGCAGCCAGGGGCUUCAGAUGAUGAUACAAUGCCCAAUCAAUCGGCUCUGGUUGACCAGAACAAUAACAAUAAUUGUGAUCAGUCCAUUGACAACAUAGAAGGGUCGGAACAUUGGAUAGAACUGUCAGAGAGUCAAAAUAAUGAAAAGGCAGCAGAAAAUGACAUAGGUGAAACAGAAGGUGGAAGGAGAAGGAAACCAAAUGUUGUGUGUAUGUCGGCAUGUUGUAACGAUGAAGUGACUGAGCAGGAACUGAGAAAGAUCCGAUCGGUUGACAGAAAACAGCUGAACAGAAGAAGAAAGCUGCGUAAAAAGAGGCAGCAAAGAACUAUUACCCCGAUCCUCUCGGCCCCGCCCCGUACAUCCCCAACAGCUUCAUGUACGCUAGAGCAGGUAGCUGCGUAUAGGCAGAUGCCUUCAACAGGGCAGGGGAUGUCUGCCUCUGUUGGACAGUGCAAUAUGACUGAGACUGCAGGUCAGCCGGAGGGAAUCGGACAGAUAACAAUGUUCAAUCAGGGUGCUGAACAGGAAUACUCCUAUUCGUUAGGGACCUCUGCUCUGUGUGGUCUCCUUGCUGUGGAGCAGCAAGGCACAUAUGCUAACACUGAACGCUUGGAGAGCUUGGAAGCAGGAAACAGAGUUGGUGGGAACCAGACUGGAGGACUCCGUGUUCCAAAGGUGCUAUGGGAGGGAAGAGAUAGGCCGUCUGCUGUCCACAAAGUGGCUGUCCAGAUACAGGGAAACUCAAUGUCAAGUACACAACCAGUUGUGAACAAGGGUGUGUCUGUAUACAAUCCUGUCACACAAAACAUGAAGUUCAUGUUGGACGACAAAAAAGAGGAUUUUAAGGCUCGACACUACAAUUUCACGAGACUGAGAAUUGGAACAUAUCAGUAUUCCUGCAUUGGUAAUCAAACCUAUGACAAGAUAGCAAGAGUGAAGAUUUUGUUUAAAAAAAGGAUGUUGGUGUAUGAAUUCCAACUUAACAAGGAAGCGGGCAUUGCCAAAGCUACACCUAUGGCUGAAAUUCUUGUACCGUUGGACUCCAUUGUGGCCAUGUGGGCUUUUGAAAGAGAUUUGCGUGUUGAGGUGAAUGCUGUCCCCAUGAUGCAUGUUGGUACAAAGGAGUGUUUGCUAGCCAGGUCGCGGGCCACGGUGUACAACAGGUCCAACUGUGUUGAUCUCACCCAUGACCAGAUCUCUCAGUCCCCGUAUCAUUUUGUGCAGUUGAGAGCGUUCUGUGCAGUAAAGGUGCGUGCAUUGCUGUGCAAGUUUGAGCCCCGUUUUGAGGAGAUGUUCAUGCAUCCAUUGGUGGAGGACCCAUCCAGGUGCCUCAUGUCCCAGCCAACCAGCCAACUGGUGGACCCUAGCAUCAAAAUACCUACGUCUUACUCUGGACUGGCAUGUCCAGUAUACCAGCCCCAGAGUUCUCCUGCUGCAGGCUCCAGCAAGGAAGUUUGCUGCACGUGCAGUGUUGGGUGCUCAGAUGGCAUGUGUGAGUGCUGUGUGGCAGGAGCCACGUGCACAGAAGGCCUGUGUGCCUGUGCUGGGUGCAAAAACCCACUCAACAUCCUCCACCAGAUGGGUCUCCCAGCUGACCAAGCCCGCACUGACCCAUGCCUCAUGGAAAACAUCUACCAGAUUGCUCACCUAGCCGGCUAUGUACAAACGCCGCUGAUACUGGAGUGUUGUGGGACAUCCACCAUACUGUUCAACUGCAUUCCCGGGAUUUUCACCUGCCCGAAAACCUCGUGCAACACACAGUUCAUGUACUCCUGGUGCAAUGCCCAGCUAUGUCGGGAGGAUGGAAAUCCCCGUAACCACUGCCUCAGUUGUGCCCGGUGCACCGACCACAGGAACCAACACUGCUCUGUUUGCAAUGUGUGCUACUUUGCGGGUGUGUGCCGUACAUUCAAGUGCCCAAACUGCCACAAGGGCCAGAAAGUGGAAUUUUCAAGCUCCGAUCUCGAGUUCACUUCAGAGACAGAGACUGAUACAGAGGGCUGAAGCUGGGAACCGUAUAAGUCAACUGAAUCAUGGGAAAUUUUAUUGAUCUAUGGGAAAUCAUCUUUUUAUGAACAUGAUUGAAGAUAGGAAUGUUUUCAACCAAUUAAACCAAGAUAGAAUUUAUUGACAGAUGAAGAUAAGCUUUUUACUGGUGAUAAUAAAAGCUAGGAACUUGUUGAAUCAUUAGACAGGGUUCGGGUUACCUAUUUUCCAGUUUCUGCCCUGAAGGAUCAUGACAUAAUCUUUUGAAUCCAACCAAUACAAAUUUGCAUAGUGGUGCUAUGAACCAAUGACCAUGCUUAACUUAAGAAUUCAUUUCAACCAUUUGAAUCAUGAAAGACCUAAUAGAACAAUGGAAAUUCAUACCCUGAUUUUUAAAACAGACAAAGAUGAUUGUUGUUGAGACCAACCAGCAGGUUCAACCAAUACAGUUAUGGGAUACUUUAUUGACCAAUGAGGUAAUAAGUGUUUAUGCCCCUGAAGAUGGGCAUAUUAAUAUAGCACUCUCCAUCUGUCAGUCUUUGCCUCUGGCUGAAUUCUCAUCUCAGGACUGUAAUUUUCUCUUGUUUGGACAAAUAAAAUGUCACAUGUGUUCGACAAAUCAAGACGAUGUGUCAUUGCACAACCUAUGUCCCUACCUCUUGGCUCAGGUCACACUUAGUGUUUGUUCACCAUGGAAUGGUGCAUAUAAGGACAUGGAGUAUUGGUGGUCUGUUUGGGCUGUAACUUUCUCAUAUACCAACAGAUUUUAUAAUAACCUGCCACAUGUGUUCAACAUAUCAAGAUGACAUUUAGUGUGCAAAACCCAUGUCCCUACUUCUAAGAUCAGUACGUCCGUGCGUCAGACUAACAUAGUACCACUUUGGGGGCAUUCGUCACUUACAGUGAUGGCUCUUGUUUACUUUGUACAAUCAUCAUGCUUAAAUCAAAUUAUCAUCAGAUGUUAAGUAACUUAUUUUCUGCAAAUAUUGUGUCACAUUGGGACGCCUGAUUGAAAAAUAGUAUUUCUUUUUUUUCUUUUCUUUUUUUGUUCAAAUGUUGAUUAUCAGAAAUACUGACAUGGUAUUCAUGUUAAGCGACAUUACAAAUCCAUAAAGUAAAAAUAGAAUUUUUUUUUUCAGUGAAUAGAAAAUAUAUAUUCAUUAAGUGCAAUUGAUUAAGACAAUUCCUCAAUAUACUGAUCUCUACAGACUGUAUGUAUUACAAAUUUAUACUUUUAUUGUGCAAUUUUUUAUACUUUCUGAUUAAAGGCAAAAGCAGAUUUGAAUUAAAACUGAAUACAGAUUUAAGACAACAUUUUAUGUGGUGAUGUUACAGAAAUGUAUAGAAUUUUGGUCAUAAAAUAAUUUUCAUCUUGAAUUGUAGUAUUUAGCUUUAUAGAUAUACUUCGCAUAUAUAGUCAGAGCAUAUGAUAAAAACAUUUAUUUAUGCACUUUCAAUUUCCUUUUCCAUAUCCAACUGAAAAUACAUCACGCCUUUAAGAAAUUACGUAUCAAGCUACUGUUUUUUUCCAGAUCAGCAUAGUAGAAUUUGUUGAGUGCUACCUUUUACACAAUCAUGUUCAUUCAAAUUUUGUUCAAUAUAAACUAGUAAUUGAAUAACACCUUUUCUCAGGAAUACAUUAUAUUUCCUAGAGAAAUUAUUUUGAAUUUAUUCAAUUACUGAUUAGUGUAUAUGUUGUAAAAAAAUGCGCUAAAACAUUCAUUUACUUCAUGACAUCGUGUCCGGAAUGGUGAUAGGGAGAAAUGUUGUAUAAUAUCUAAGUGCAGUUUCAUUGGUUUAAACCUAAAGCAGUGUGUUUAAGCAAAUGUGACAAAUAAUAAAAGGGAUAUUAUGAAAAGACACUUUUCUGAUGACCUGUAUAACAUUUUGUUCAGCAUUUAAACAUGCAUCUGCUGUGAAGGCUCAUUGAUUUUGACGGAUACAUGUUCACCCACCAGACUUCAGGUGAUAAGGGAUGUCAGACAAGCAGCCUAUCAUGAUAUCCUCUGUAUAUAGUAUUGAAUAUGUUUUUGUCAUCAAACUGUUAUUCAAUAUUGAAUGCUUUAUUUCCAAGUAUGUUUAGAUGCUGUCCGCAUUAUUUUGGAUUAUUUUCCGAUCAAAUGGCUGGAUUUCCAAUAAAAAGGAGUAUUUAUUAUUUCAUGCCAAACGAAAGGUUUCCGGAUUGGGAUAGUGUUUCGGUGUUGUCUGUCAGUCCUUCUGUUCGUCUAACACACUUUUUUACCUUAUCCUGGAAGGUAUUGGUCAGAUAAUGUUCAAACUUGGUCACAAUGUUCCCCUCAAUAAAAUAUUGACUGCUUCUAAAGUGGAUCACAGGAUCAUAAACUAGGCCACAGGUCAAAGUUUAGAAAAAAUAUUUGGCCUGAACAUUAUAUUUGGUCCAAUAUUUAUUAAACUUAAUCAGAAUGUUUCCCUUGAUGAACUCUUGGACAAGUUUCAGACUGGGUCACAUGUGAUCAAAAAUUAGAUCACGAGGUCAAAACUUAGAUUAUUUUUUUUGUCUGGAACCAUAUCAUGGUAGUCAAAUCUUAGAAAAAAACUUGGGAACAUACUUUAUUUAUGAAAUGAAAGGUUUUUCUUGAUGAAAUCAUUGAGUAUUUUGAAACUGGGUCACAUAAGGUCAGAAACUAGAUCACUAGGUAGGGAACAAAACAUUGGUAUUCAUUGGUCAGACUUUGUUCAAACUGUCGUCAGAAUGAUUCCUUUGAUUUAAUCUUGGUAGACUUCUAAAUUAGGUCACAUGGGGUCAAAAACUAGGUCAAAUCUUAAAACCUUUUGAACACUCCAGAAGCUAUAUAUUUGUUAGCUCGACUAUUCGAAGAAUAGGUGGGCUAUACUACUCGCCCCAGCGUCGGCGUCCGGUUAAAGUUUUAGGGCAAGUUGGGAUUUUCACUUAUAAGUCCAAUACCCUACAUUCAAUUGACUUAAUACUUCACGCAGUUGUUCAGGGCCAUCACAUGAUGUGGUUAGAUAACUCCAUAUUAUUCUUUACACAGAUUAUGGCCCCUGAUUGACUAUGGAACUUAGGUUAAAGUUUUAGGGCAAGUUGGAAUAUUUAUUAAUAACUUCUAUAUCCUUUGUUCAAUUGACUUAAUAAUUCACACAGUUGUUCAGGACCAUCACACAAUGAGGUUACAUAACUCCUUAUUAUCCUAAAUACAAGUUAUGGCCCCUGAUUGACUUAGGUUUAAGUUUUAGGGCAAAUUAAAGUUUUAGGGCAAGUUGGGAUUUUCACUUAUAAGUCCAAUACCCUACAUUCAAUUGACUUAAUACUUCACGCAGUUGUUCAGGGCCAUCACAUGAUGAGGUUAGAUAACUCCAUAUUAUUCUUUACACAGAUUAUGGCCCCUGAUUGACUAUGGAACUUAGGUUAAAGUUUUAGGGCAAGUUGGAAUAUUUAUUAAUAACUUCUAUAUCCUUUGUUCAAUUGACUUAAUAAUUCACACAGUUGUUCAGGACCAUCACACAAUGAGGUUACAUAACUCCUUAUUAUCCUAAAUACAAGUUAUGGCCCCUGAUUGACUUAGGUUUAAGUUUUAGGGCAGGUUAAAGUUUUAGGGCAAGUUGGGAUUUUCACUUUAAACUCCAAUACCAUUAAUUCAAUUGACUUAAUACUUCACACAGAUGUUCAGAGCCAUCACAUUAUGAGGUUAGAUAACUCCAUUUUAUCUUUUAUACAAAUUAUGGCCCCUGAUUGACUAUGGAACUUAGGUUAAAGUUUUAGGGCAGGUUGGGAUAUUGUUUAAUAACUUCUAUACCCUUCAUUCAAUUGACUUAAUACUUCACACAAUUGUUCAGGACCAUCACUCAAUGAGGUUACAUAACUCCAUAUCCUUAAUACAAGUGAUUGACUUAGGUUAAAGUUUUAGGCAAGUAAAAGUUAAGGGCAAGUUGGGAUUUAAAAAAAACACUUCUAUACCGUUCAUUAAAUGCACAAUAAAAUUCAAAAUUAUUUAUGACCAUCUUACAACAAGAAACAUAACUCCGUUUUAAGCCUAAAUACAAAUUAUGGCCCUUGAAUUUUUUAUUAUUUUUUUUAAUUUCCUUUGAAAGGCAUAUUUGUAUAUUCUUAACCACAUUUUCAUAAUGAGAAAUCAAGUUAUUUGAAUGACUUGCGUCAUUGUUUGGGUAGGCUGGUGGGAGGGCAGCAUCAAAGUCACCUAAUGUAUCGAAUAAUUUUAGUUAGGUUUGACAUAAAGAGACCAAACUUGGUAUUAUUACAUCAUUAUUGUAUUCUAAGUCAAAGCAGCGUAGUUGAGCGCGCUGUCUUACGACGGCUCUUGUUAUAUUUCUAGUCCAAUCAUGAUGAAACUUAAUUGGAAUGUUUGCCUUGAUGAAAUAUUUUAUUAGUUUGAAACUGGGGUCAAACACUAGGUUACUAGUUCAAAUCUAAAUGCCACACCUUUUGCAAUAUUUCUAUUUCAAACAGUUGCAAACAAACUCAUCUUAUAUCAAACAAACUCAAUUCCUUUGUUCAUAAGCAUCCAUCAACCUGCAGCCGUAUUGCAUGUUUCGGUUGGAGUAUUUCAACAACACCUGAUUUCCAUACCUUCUACUUUGCCUAAUCUGGUGGUGGAUAUCAAUUAAAUAAAUUUCCUUGUUUUAUGUAGAAAGUCAAAUCAAAAGUAGGAGCUUAAAUAUCAUUUCAAAUAGACUUUGGCUAUUAGUGCAAUAAAUAAUCUGGGACAAUAUCUAAAUCUGUUAGAACUCACUCAUAAGUUUUUCUAUCUGAGUUCUAACUGCAUGUAUAUAUAAUAAAAUGUGUUUUUCUAACAGGGUUUCUUGAUCUCGUUGAACAUUAACUAGUCUUAGUAUUACUACCGGGGCACAUGUUUUUCCAUUGUCACUUUUGUACAUCAUAAAUGUGACCCUAUUUUCAUUUUGUAGAUUUCAUUUUGAUUGGGGUUAUAGCUAUGUUUUGAAAAGGACAGGGUGCUAAAACCUAAAUUUACAUUUGAUCAAAGAGUUGUGUUCAAAAGCUUUACCAAUAUAAUGGUGAUUUGCUUUAUGUAUGUUGUUUUCUUCACCUGACUAUGUUAAUUACUGAUUUACUAAAGUGAGAAAGAUCAGAAAAUAGUAGAAUCAGUAGAAUUCAAAACUAUUGGUGAGCUUCCCUUGUUUCGUGUGAAAUGUUAAAUUCCUGUUUUAUGUUUUGCGUCUUGGAUCAGUUGAAAGGAAACAUUACUGGGUUUAUUGGGUUAAAUUGUCUUUUAUUCACAUUAUCUUAUGUUUUUCUAAAAGGGUUAUUAAGAAAAUAAACGGAUUAUGUUUUUGAUGUUUUUUGGCAGUUAUGUUAUUUUUUUUGAAAGUUUUUUGUUGUAUUUGUUCUUAUAUCUUAGUUGAUAUAUAAACUGUAAUGGUAUUGGUAAGCUGUGCUAGUCGACACACUUUUUUUUGCAAUAAAGAUACAUGACCUUGUAGUAUUAGUAUUAUACAGUAUUACUAGUUUGAUAUUAGAUUAUAAGUUCCGUUGAUUUGAUAUUUCUUUAUUGUUUGUUUAAAAUAAA